GUUCAUUCAGAAAGUCCUUAGAGUCCUCACGUCACCACCGAAAAAUGGGCCUCCGCUUGUUCAAAUGCGGAAUCUUCACUCCACUUAAUCUUUCACUAGCGCGCAUGGAGCUCUGAGUAGCUCCGGGACAGAUCGAUCUUCCCCAUAAAAAAUCCCAAAAUCUACAAAAUCCCCCAAAGCGAUGAUGCAAUGGCUUCUCAAUCGACGUCACGGGGAUGGAAGAAGCUUUCCGGACUUCCAUUCCAUACCCACCACGUAUAGUUUUGUUCUCUGCCAAUCCUCUUUUUUUCCAAGACUUCUGUUUUAUCUGAAUUUGUUGCAGUUCCUGAACAAUGGCAACUGUGCAAAUGACUCGCCAGCCCCGGCUAGCAGAUGAUGCCGCCACAGCUGCCCUAUAUGUGACACACCCUGAACAUAGGGCAUCUCUCCGCGCCCCAACCGCAAACAACACGCAGCAGUUCAACCCCCGCGCGGCCGGUGAUACUCCAAAUCUCAGCCACGCGUCCGCUGCCUCGGCGCUCGCACACGCGAAUCGCAAACCAGUCGAAGUAUGGCGGCCCCCGACUAGACAGCCUGCCGCUGAGAAGGCCGCAUUAUGCGUGAAGGACUACGCUCCGCCCGAGCAACCCCAACCCACCACCCAGCACAGUGCAGAGGGACUGGGAGCUGCAAUGCUCGCUAUUCGCGAACAGAGAGCCUCGGUGGGCCAGGCCCCUACGUCCGCUGACCACAGGCGUGGCAGCUCAGUAACCGAUCGUUAUCACCAUACAGCCGUCGGUGGCAACCCGAAGGACAAGGCGCUCCAAGCCGCGUCGGGCGCUUACGCGCUCUCGCGUAAGAGAGCCGACUCGGCACCCAGUGACCCAGGGGUUACCUCCGAAUUACCAUAUGGCCGUUCAGCCGCCGGCGCAUCGCGACAUGCUCGCGUGGAAGAGGAGGGCCCGCUUGAUCGCUUAGACCCUGCUCUAAAAGCAAGCCGGAUCCAGUAUGCCGCUAACACUAACCCGAAGAUGUACACUUCAUCGCCACCUGUCCAAAGCGAAAUCGAGGAACAAAACUACAAUAACUCGCAACGCGCUGCUGCUAUAUCAAUGGCAAAAGACAUGUACAAAGUGACGAGUCCCGAGAAACAACCUGGCCAAUCUCACGCUGUUCUAGCAGCCCAAAAAGGAGUGACUCAACCGGGCUACCGCAAGACCGCACCCACCGUGGAUGGGAUUGCCAUCCGGCAUGCGAUCGCCCUACAGGAAGCUGCACAAAAGCGAGCCGCCGAGAAGCUGGCGCUUAUGCAUGAUGAGCAUGCAGAAUACCAGCGAUAUUAUGGCACCGCACCUCAACCGCAACGGUCGCGCUUGACCACCCGCCGCAAGAGAACUUCGAGCGAUGCGGAUGCCUCCCAGAUCGACGCGGAGCAGUCGCGGCAAAUCCGGAGCCAGAUGACCAGCCUGCAGACCAAGUUGGACGAGGUAGAUGUGCGAAAGACAAGGGAUCGUGAAUUGCUUAUGCAGGCUGCCCGCCGCAAUGUGGACCAAACCCUCCAGGACAUGGAGGCGCAAGUUUACGCCAACACCGGUCGCGCUCCGCCUUCCGUACAGAGGGGGUGGGAUGAAAUUGCCCAGCAACGCCAGCGACGUGAGGCAGAGGAUUUUGAAGGCGCUACCACUCAAGGAGAUCGAGUGAACAUCGGCGGCCAAAAGUUUAUGGACAUGGCCGACAUCGACGCUGUCGCUCGGUCUCGCCUCCAGCCUGCUCUCGAUGAGAUUGCCGAGGAUGCUGAGCUACGGAGAGCCCAUGAUAUCGAAGCCCGUCUGGACGCUGAGGAGGAGGAGAGACAUGCUGCUGUGGAGCGUCAGCGCGAAGCUGAGGUGAAACAGUUAGAGAAGCAAGUGAAAGGUGCAAGCAAACGCGACCACAAGUUCGAGAGCAAGGUUCCCAAAUUCUUCUUGUGGAGGAAGAAGGGCAAACGAGCUCGGGUUGAGGAAUCCGAGACCGAACAGGCUCAAGCUGUCUCGCCCGUUACCCAGGGAGGCGUAGAAGAGCAGGCUCCGACUACAGUCCCGUACAACCAUGUCUCGACGGACGCCAUCCCCGAGCAACCUUCUAUUGAGACAGAAGACAACGUUUCGAGGAUCGCCAAUCCAGAGGAAGCUUCUAUUCCCACAGAGGUAGCCGGUCCCGCAACCGUUGUUGCAGCCGCCUCCUCGGUCCCAGAGACUGAACCUUCAAAGCCUGAAGAAAACGAGACAAAACCUGAAGAAAACGAGACAAAGCCUGAAGAAAACAAGAUGCCCGCAGCAACCCCACAGCGGCCGACACGAAGCCCGACCGAGCCUCCCCAGAUCGAGCAGCGAGAUGCAGCCGCCUCAGGCCCAACAAUUGUUCACUACUUCACGCCACCAGUCACAAGCCCGCGCGCCGACACCAAGCUCAAGAACUGGUUCCGCGACCGUCUCGUUCGCCGCUCCAGUGGCCCAGUUCCCAUCUACCCCCACCAGCCUGGCCCGGAAUCCACCACAGACAACGAACCUGCCUUUCAAGGCGGCGUCAGUCUAACCGGCCGCGACGAGCCCCGCGGCGCAGCACUUGGCUCACACCCUAUUAGCGUGGGUGAAGCUACCACAACCCACAACAGAUCUUCGAGUUACUACAGCAACGAACUUGAUGUGACCAAGAUUAAUAGUGCCAACUCUUUGCCAGAAUCUACUAAACAAAAUGGCAAUGGCAAGAAGAGGAACCCUCUGAGCAGGACGUUCCUCAGGGCCGUCUCCCGUAGCCCUGAUGAGUCGAACGAUGGUGACUCGCGUCGUGACUCGGGGGUUCAAUCUUCGUCCAAGGAUAUCGGCGGCGGUGAUCUCCAGAGUCUGCAGGAUAGUACUAUUGGGCAGAGUCUUCCUGUGCCACCUACUAUUGGUGAGACGGUGAACGGGAAAAGAGAAUCGCGAUUCUCCGAGAAUCUGUGA